CAAGACCGCAUCAUUCGCAUCGUCGUCUGCCAAGUCACGUACACUGUCUGCAGCUAGUACAGAAAUCGCGAAUCGUUAUCGUGGUUGUCGUCGUUGUUGCCGCCGUCAAAACUUAGCCGUUGCUGUUGCCACUUUCGUCGUCAUCCUCAACUUCACUGUAAAACAAAUCGUUCGCCGCCCUUUUCGGCAAACUCAUCCACAACAUGAAUAGGGCACUAAUAAUAUUGCUUCUAUCAAUUGUUUUUGUUGUUGCUGAAUCACCAUAUGGUGGUGGAAGUAGCAACAGCAAUGGAAAUGGUAGAAAUGGAGGAUAUGGAGGCAAAGGACAAUACGGUGGAGGAAAUGGAGGUGGAGUAGGUUCAUCAUCAGCCAGCCCGUUUUUCAGCGGCGCCAAUCAAUAUGGAUCUCAAUCCGGAUCAUCGGGAGCAGCCAAUAAUCGUUAUUCUUCAUUUGGAUCUAAAUUUGGAGGUAACAAAGGAAGCUAUGGAGGAUCUAGUUCUCGUAACAAUGGUCGAUACGGUAGUGGAUCGACAAGUGGUUAUGGAAGUGGUUCUUCAGGUAGUCUAGGUGGAACUGGAAGAUCGCCUGGAGGUUAUGGAGGUGGAUCUUCAGGAAAUUAUGGAAGUGGAUCGUCUGGAAGUUUUUCAGGUGGUUCACCAAGUAGUUAUGGAAGUGGUUCAUCGGGUGGUUUAGGUAGUCCUUCUGGAUCAACUGGAACAUAUGGAACCGGCUCUUCGGGAGGUUUUGGCAGCGGAUCAUCUGGAAGCUAUGGAGGAGGAUCUUCAGGAGGUCUUGGCAGCGGAUCAUCUGGAAGCUAUGGAGGAGGAUCUUCAGGAGGUCUUGGCAGCGGAUCAUCUGGAAGCUAUGGAGGAGGAUCUUCAGGAGGUCUUGGCAGCGGAUCAUCUGGAAGCUAUGGAGGAGGAUCUUCAGGAGGUCUUGGUAGCGGAUCAUCUGGAAGCUAUGGAUUAGGUUCUUCGGGAGGUUUUGGCAGUGGAUCAUCUGGGAGCUAUGGAGGUGGUUCUUCGGGAGGCUUCGGCAGUGGAUCGUCAGGAAGCUAUGGAGGAGGAUCGUCAGGAGGCUUCGGCAGUGGAUCAUCUGGAAAUUAUGGAAGUGGAUCCUCUGGUGGUUAUGGAAGUGGUGGUGGAGGCCUUGGUGGGGCAUCUUCAGGAAAUAACGAUGGUUAUGGAUCUGGAGGUUCUGGAUCGUAUGACCAACUUGGAGGAGCCAAUGGUAAUGGACUAGGCGGAUCAGGGAACGAUCCUCUCUCGGAACCAGCAAAUUAUGAAUUUUCCUACGAAGUUAAUGCGCCAGAAUCCGGUGCUAUUUUUGGUCAUAAAGAAAGUCGCCAAGGUGAAGAAGCUACUGGAGUGUAUCAUGUACUACUACCUGAUGGUCGAACACAAAUUGUUGAAUAUGAAGCUGAUGAAGAUGGAUACAAACCUAAAAUUACAUAUACUGAUCCAGUAGGAGGAUAUGCCGGUGAUCGCCAAUCUGGAAAUAGUUAUGGUGGAAAUGGGGGCUUUGGUGGUUCAGGAAGCUUAGGGGGAAGUGGGGGUAAUGCAGGGGGCCUUUACAAUAAUGUUAAUGGUGGUGGAUCUAGCAACAAUGGUGCUGCGUACGGUGGUUCAAGUGGUCUUGGUAGUAGAUAUGGUGGAUCAGGAGGUUCCAGUGGAAGUGGUGUAGGAGGUGGAUAUGGUGGAUCUGGUAGUUCAAGUGGGGGCCUAGGAAGUAGCUAUGGAGGAUCGGGAAGCUCAAACGGUGGUCUAGGAGGUGGAUAUGGAGGAUCUGGAAGUUCAAGUGGGGGUCUCGGCGGUGGCUAUGGUGGUUCUGGUGGCUCAAGUGGCUCAAGUGGUAGCACUGGAGGAGGAUAUGGUGGACUAGGUGGAUCAGGUGGUUCUAGUGGAAGUGGAUUAGGAGGUGGAUAUGGUGGUUCUGGUAGUUCAAGUGGUGGUCUAGGAAGUAGCUAUGGAGGAUCAGGAGGAUCAAGUGGGGGUCUAGGAGGUGGAUAUGGUGGGUCUGGUGGUUCCAGUGGAAGUGGAUUAGGAGGUGGAUAUGGUGGUUCUGGUAGUUCUAGCGGUGGUCUAGGAAGUAGCUACGGAGGAUCUGGAAGCUCUAAUGGGGGUCUAGGAGGUGGAUAUGGAGGAUCUGGAAGUUCAAAUGGAGGUCUAGGAGGUGGAUAUGGAGGAUCUGGAAGUUCAAAUGGAGGUCUCGGAGGUGGUUAUGGAGGAUCCGGAGGAUCAAGUGGUGGUAUAGGAGGUGGUUAUGGGGGAUCGGGAAGCUCAAGUGGUGGUCUAGGAGGUGGAUAUGGAGGAUCAGGGGGUUCAAAUGGAGGUAUAGGAGGUGGAUAUGGAGGUUCAAGUGGCUCAGGUGGUUCUCAGGGAAGUGCUUAUGGAGGAUCUGGUAGUUCAAGUGGUGGUGUAGGAGGUGGCUAUGGAGGAUCAGGGACUUCUAGUGGGGGACUAGGAGGUAGUUAUGGUAGCUCCAGUGGUUCAAGUAGUGGUCUAGGUGGAUCUUAUGGCAGUAAUCGUAAUGGUUUAGGAAGUGGGUCAUCUUAUUAAUACUAUAUUUAUUGCUCAAAAAUGUAUGAUCAUCUUGUUAGAAAAUCUAAACUAAAAGUAUUUACUUACUAAAUGAACAAAUAAAUAUAACUUUACUAUUUUUUAGUUGUAUCGGUAUUACUAUUCCGUUUAGAGUAUUAUAAACAUGUAUGUUUAUAUUUACAGAUUUUAUACUUGUGUGUUUUGCACAGUUUAUUCUUUGGUUACUUUACACUUAUUUCUGUAUACUAUUGAGUUACGCAUAUUUGUAUGUAUAAAUCACAUUUCUUUUUUUUUAUUGGUGAAAUGUACAAUUUGAUAAUAUUUUUAUUACUAUG